AUGAAUGAUAAUGAUGAUAAAGAAUUGAAAUCGAAUCCAGCUAAUAUUACAAUAGAAUCAACAGAUACUGUUGAUGAUAAACAAAAUUUGUCAACAAAUAGUGAUGAAACAAUAGCUGACAAACCAGAUAUCGUUACCAAUGGUGUUGGUAAUAAUAAUAUUGAUGAAGAUUUAUUAUCCGAAAAUGAAGAACCGGAUGAUAAUUUCCAUGAAAUAUCUACUGAUGAUUUGGAACAGCCAAAAUCUUCGAUCGUUGAUAAUGUUAAUGAUCGAUCAGAGAUUGAUUCAAAUCCUGAUCAAUCAUAUUUGGUUACAAGUCCUGUUGUUCGUAUUGUAAUUGCUGAUAAUGAAAAUGAAUGUUUACCCGAAGAUAUAGAAUCGACUGAUAUAAUGAAAACACCACCGCCAAUGAAUGAAGCUGAACAAAGAAAAUUAAAGAUUAAAAAUUGUAAACCAACACCAAUGUUUGGUAUUUUACGUCAUCAAGGUAAUAAGAAAAAUACCGAAACUACAACGAAAAAAAUGGUAACAAUAGACAACAAUGAUCGUUCACAAAAAUAUUGGAAAAGAUUUUCACGUACAUUGAAUCAAGAUGAUGAAAAUCGUAAACAAAGUAAAGUUACAAUCGAAGAUUCGAAGAAAGAUGCAACUCCACAACCAAAAAAAUCAUUAUCCACUAAUAAUGUUUCACAUAAAUCGUUAUCAAUGGCUACUAUAAAUCGAUUAUCAACAUUACCACAACGUAUUCUUAGUGAACGUUAUAUAUCGAUGGCCGAACAGACACAACGUUUUUUACAUUCAGCCAGACAAUAUCAACCGAAAGGUGUUUGGCAACGAAAUAAAUUGACCAAACCACGACCACCACGUUUGUUGACAGCAAUUCGUUCAGAAUGUCGUCGUAAAAUUGAAGCCGAAUCAAAUCAUGGCAAUCAAGAUAGACGAAGAUUUAUUGCAGUGUAG